GGCCGCAGGGAAGGCACGGACAGCAGCGGCGGAGGGCAGCGCCUCCCGGCGGGCGGGGCGAGGGCUAUAAAUCCACCCCGCGGGCGCAGACGGGUGGCGGUCGGAGCGCGGCGGUUGCAGCGCGCGGAGAGCGGCUCUUGGGGGCAGAUAUCAGCUACUGACCAUGUCAACAGAGUUCCAGGAUGCUCACCUUGCAGAGGUGAAACCUCUGGUGGAGAAGGAGGAGGAGAUGCAGAGGAGCUUGUCAGUAAUAGCAAUGGCUAGACAUAGGAGUGAACAUUUAGACAUUCGGCAAUAUUCAAGAAAUGAAGGAAACGGGAAAGAGCUCUCCACUGGAGAACCAGCUAUCACUCGCCUCCUUCCAGACUUCGAUGUUCAGGAACAAGAUGUGGAGACCAUGCACGGCAUGGUCCAUGUCACCAUGUGUGGGACACCCAGAGGGAACAGACCUGCUAUCCUCACGUACCACGACAUUGGGUUGAAUCAUAAAACUUGCUUCAAUCCUCUCUUCAACUUUGAGGAUAUGCAGGAAAUCACCCAGCACUUUGCAGUUUGCCACGUGGAUGCACCUGGUCAGCAGGAUGGGGCACCAUCUUUCCAAGCUGGGUACAUAUAUCCUUCCAUGGAUCAGCUGGCUGAAAUGCUUCCUGGAAUCCUGAAACAGUUCGGGCUGAAGAGCAUUAUUGGAAUGGGAACCGGAGCUGGUGCCUACGUCCUGACCAGAUUUGCUUUAAACCACCCAGACAUGGUGGAGGGAUUGGUUCUCAUUAAUGUAAACCCUUGUGCUGAAGGUUGGAUGGACUGGGCAGCAACAAAGAUUUCAGGUUGGACAAAUGCUUUACCAGACUUGGUCAUUUCACAUCUCUUUGGAAAGGAAGAGAUUCACAGCAACCAUGACCUGAUCCAUACUUACCGUCAGCAUAUUAUUAAUGAUAUGAAUCAAACCAACCUUCAUCUCUUUGUCAACUCUUACAACAGUCGUCGAGACCUAGAGAUUGAGCGCCCUGUUCCUGGAUUAAAUGUUGUCACCCUUCAGUGCCCUGUGCUCCUGGUGGUUGGUGACAGCUCCCCAGCAGUGGAUGCUGUGGUUGAAUGCAAUUCAAAGCUGGACCCAACAAGAACAACACUUCUGAAGAUGGCUGACUGUGGUGGGCUCCCUCAAGUUUCCCAGCCUGCAAAGCUUGCAGAAGCUUUCAAAUACUUUGUUCAGGGAAUGGGAUACAUGCCUUCUGCUAGCAUGACCAGGCUGAUGAGGUCCCGCACUGCUUCUGGCUCCAGCGUAACCUCCUUGGAAGGACAGAGGAGCCGGUCCCACACUGGGGAAGGCACAAGGAGCCGGUCCCACACUGGGGAGGGAACUAGGAGCCGAUCCCACACUGGGGAGGGUUCCAGGAACCGCUCCCACACAGACACACGCAUCGAGCUGACGCCGAAUUCAGCCAGCAAUGCUGAGCAAUCAGGCCCCAAGUCCAUGGAAGUGUCCUGCUAAGCGUGUGAGGGAGGUUUAAACUGGUCACAGUUUGAAAAAAUAAAGGAUGCCCCUUGUGUAUCACAAAAACAUAACUGGUAUUAAUCUCAAGCUAUUCUGUAGGAUGAGCUCUGUUCUCCAGGGUCUGACAGGGACCAAAGAAAAGAAGCAUCUCAUUUGCUCUAUCGUUACUCUUGUAACUCAGACAGUUGCUGCUAUUGUGCCCUCCUUCAGUGGAUGCCAAAUUCAAAAGGAAACUUGCCAAAAGCUGAUAUGGUUGUAAACACUUCAGAGUCAAACCAGACUUGCUUAAUAUUAUUCUUCAAAAUCAAUUACGUGCCCCUUUAUCUCUAAUUCUCUUGAAGUAAACUGGCACAAUUUGAGAUGAGCUUCAAAGAGGGGGAGAAAAUCACUAUUAUGGAUGGCUUGUUUAAAAAAAAAAAAAAAAA